CAAAUGUUGUAACAUAUUGACAAUACAUUAUAUGAAAAGGUAAUGAUAAAAAUGGAAAAAAAGAAAUUAAAUUAUGAGAAUAAACUUAUAUUAGCACCUAUGGUACGAAUUGGUACUUUGCCUAUGCGACUUCUUGCACUUGAUUAUGGUGCUGAUAUAGUAUAUACGGAGGAAUUAAUAGACUGGAAAUUAUUACGUUCAUUUCGUCGUAAGAACGAUGUUUUAGGAACAAUUGAUUAUAUUGAUAAAACAGAUGGUACAGUAACUUUCCGAACUUGUGCUAAAGAAAAAGAUAAAGUAGUUCUACAAAUUGGUACUUGCGAUGCAGCUAGAGCAUUGAGAGUAGCUAAGAUGGUAGAACAAGAUAUUGCUGGAAUUGAUCUAAAUAUGGGUUGCCCUAAACUGUUUUCUUUAAUAGGAAAAAUGGGAGCAGCUCUCCUAAAAGAACCAGAAAUAGCUACAAACAUUUUAAAAACUUUAGUAAAUAAUCUGAACAUUCCAGUAACUUGUAAAAUUCGUGUAUUAUCAGAUUUGGAUAAGACUUUAGAACUUUGUGAACUUCUACAAUCAACUGGUAUAUCAGCAAUUGCAGUCCAUGGCCGAACUGUUAAUGAAAGACCACAGCAUAUGAACCGUAAUGAGGUUCUAAAGAAAAUUGCUGACAAACUUACCAUACCAGUUAUAGCAAAUGGAGGCUCAAAAGAAAUACAGAAAUAUUCUGAUAUUUUCAAAUUUAAGGAAAUAACUGGAUGCAGUAGUGUGAUGCUUGCACGUGCAGCUGAAUGGAACUGUUCAAUAUUUAGUAAAGAUGGUUUACUUCCCAUGAAUGAUGUGAUAAAAUCAUAUUUAAAAUAUGCAGUGGAUUAUGACAAUUUACCUUCCAAUACCAAAUACUGUAUACAAAAUAUUCUUAGAGAACAGCAAGAAUCAACAUUAGGAAAAAAGUUCCUUGGCACUCAAACUUUAGAACAAAUGUGCAAUUUAUGGGACUUAAGCGAUUAUUGUUGUUUAAAACAAAAGGAAUUUGAAGAUAAAGGUUUAUUAGGGAGAUCUCAAGUUUCACCUAUGAGAGAAGAUGAAAAACAGAAUGAGGAACAAUUAUCUACUAAGAGAAAGAUUUCUGAGGAGGAAGAUGUAAUUUUAAUGCAAUGUGCAUUCUUAAGAAAUAAUUACAUAACAGAUGUUGAAUUGCCAAAAACUAUAUUAUACAAAUGGACACAAACUCAAAGCAAAAAUGUGCCAAAUUAUAAUACGCAGCGAAAAGAAAAACUAUUUCGAUCCAUCGUUACCGUUGAUGGACGUAGAUAUGGAUCCUCCUUUUGGGAAAAAAAUAAAAAAUGGGCAGAGCAAGGUGCCGCUUUAGCUUGCCUCUUUUCUUUAGGCCUAGUCAGUAAAAAAACUUUUACUACGAACAGUGAUGUUUCUUCUUGA